AUGUCUUUCAACAAUGCCUUGGCCGACCUGGCUGAUGCAAACUCUGACGAGCCAUUACUAUUGACCAUUUCUUUUAUAGUCCGCACUGGGCCGUUGGGUGAGCUCAUUCAUGGUCCUGUUGUUUCCACAGAGACCACUGCCAACACUCUUGCAGAUAUGACUGUCACAGACCUUGCUGCGCUUGGAGAUGUCAACACUCCGACACUGGAUACAGGGCCUGCCACUAGUCUGGAUGCCAGUACUCUUGUUCAAGAAGAAACUGCUGCUACUAAUCCACUGACUAUAGGACUGCUGGACAACUUUCUGGGUCAUGAAAGACCAUUUACAUUCUCAUUGGGAUCAGUUAGAGAAACGAGUCGAAUGCCUUAUAUGCCAAACCUUCGUCCACUUCCACAUAGGAGACGAGCUCUUUUGACUGCUUUCAUUUCAGAAUCACUAGAAAGUAUGGCUCCUUUACUCUAUAACAUGCUGCUGACUCGUAUGGUACAGGAAGGUGCUGGACUAUUAGGUCAUCAGCCGCAUUUGCAAGGCCAGCCUCCAGCUGCUGAAUCUUCAAUCCUGGCUCUACCCAUUCUACACUCGCUAUCAGAAAAACGUCGUUUAAAGCAUAAACUAUGUGCUGUUUGUCAAGAAGACUUUCCUCGAUCAUCUACCACUCCCCCAGUGACUGAAUCCCAAUCUGAGCCAUUUGAUGUUCAGAAAGAAAGCCACACUUUAGAUUUACUGCCUGGUUUGAAUGACCCUUCUUUUAAGCUGUCUGAAAAACCUCUAUUCAUUCGUAUGCCUUGCAGACACAUCUUCCAUCAAGACUGUAUCUCCACAUGGCUCAAGACAAGCUGUACUUGUCCUAGUUGUCGAUAUGAGAUAUUGACCGAGAAUCAGGAUUAUAAUAUUGGAAUUGCUGAACGCAUGCUUGAUCGAAAUAUGGCUUUGCUAGACGAACAAGAUACUGAUCUGGAAGAUGAAAUGACCGACGCAUCAUCAACGCUUGCAAAUACCAUCACUACACAAAUACCAAGCAAGCGAAAGAGAAGUGAAAGCACAGAGGUUAGUAGCGGUGUUGUCACUCCAGAGACGCUUGAACUUGCCAAUGAAGAGCUAUCUACACCGGCAAGAUUUAUACUACAACCGUCACAGCGCAACACUUUACAGGCUCGUUCAGAGACUAACAUGAGUGUUCUUGUCCCCUCUAUAAAUCACAUUCGCAGUACUCGCGCUAGUCAUGCAUCAACACCAUCUACUCGUACACUACAGAGUCGACGUCUUUCCAAGGGUCGUUCAUCUAAAUAA